UCUCGGUCGUAAUUAUCCCCCAUCUCUCCCUCACUUCCCCCCAUCCUCCUCUCUUGUCCGGCCGCCGUCCGUUUCCCACAAUUUCCGCGUCCACCAUCCAUCGCCUCGCCCUCUAUCAACGCGCCCCACGCUUCCACCUCCGAAAUUGAAGGGAAAAAAUCCCCCAGAAAUCAGAGGCGCAAAUCCCUAGCCCUCUGACCCCCCAAAUCCCACCCGAAACCUCCGAAUUCGCUCGCCGAUUCGAUCCGCCCACCUGCCUGCUCCGUCCCAGGCGGCGGUUUUGCGGCGCGGAAUCUUGGGUUCGGAGAUCCGGGGCCCCGAUUCUUGGGUGUUUCGGGCUUGAAUCUUGGGGCUCCCAGGCAAUGCGAUUGGUCUCUCCCGGGGGACGAUCUGAGGCGCGGUUCUUGGGUGAAUCUUGCAGGGGAGCUCGUGAGGAUGGAGCAUGUGAUCGGAGGGAAGUUUAAGCUUGGGAGGAAGAUUGGGAGCGGAUCUUUCGGGGAGCUCUAUCUUGGCGUGAACAUACAAAGCGGCGAGGAGGUGGCUAUCAAGUUGGAAUCUGUCAAAUCAAGGCAUCCUCAGCUUCAUUAUGAGUCAAAACUGUACAUGCUUCUCCAAGGGGGAACUGGGAUUCCUCAUUUGAAGUGGUUUGGAGUGGAGGGGGAGUACAAUGUCAUGGUCAUUGAUCUUCUUGGUCCAAGUCUAGAGGACUUAUUCAACUACUGCAACAGAAAGUUCUCUCUUAAAACAGUACUUAUGCUUGCUGAUCAGAUGAUAACCAGGGUAGAGUACAUGCACACGAGGGGGUUUCUUCAUCGUGAUAUCAAGCCAGACAACUUCCUUAUGGGCUUAGGCCGUAAAGCAAGUCAGGUUUAUGUCAUUGACUAUGGCCUUGCGAAGAAGUACCGGGACCUCCAAACUCAUAAACACAUACCUUACAGGGAGAACAAAAAUCUCACAGGAACAGCACGGUAUGCUAGUGUAAACACCCAUCUUGGAGUAGAACAAAGCAGGAGAGACGACUUAGAGUCUCUUGGUUAUGUGUUAAUGUAUUUCUUAAGAGGAAGCCUUCCUUGGCAAGGUCUAAAAGCUGGCACAAAAAAACAGAAGUAUGACAAAAUUAGUGAGAAGAAAAUGCUAACACCAGUUGAGGUCCUUUGUAAAUCUUAUCCAUCAGAGUUCAUUUCAUACUUCCAUUAUUGCCGAUCUUUGCGAUUUGAAGAUAAACCAGACUAUACCUAUUUGAAGAAACUCUUCCGAGAUUUAUUCAUCCGUGAAGGGUGCCAGCUUGAUUAUGUAUUUGAUUGGACUGUAUCGAGGCAAGCUGCGGACAAUAACAGAUUGCGACUGAGUGGGAGGACAGGCGGGUUGGCGGGACCAUCUGCAGACCGAGCUGAACGGGCUGCAGCAAGACAGGAUGUUCCGGAUAGAUUCUCCGGUCCAGUUGAUCCAUUUGCUAGAAGAGCUGGCUCUGGUUCUGGCCAUUAUGGAGAACACGCAAAGCACAGAACUCUAUUAGAUUCACUUUUGGCACCCAAGACGGCUGCUGAUUCGGAUAGAAGAAGGCCUUCAUCAUCUCGGAAUGGGAGCACAUCAAGGAAGGCCCUUUUGUCAAGCAGCAGACAAGGUUCUGGAGAACCCAGUGACCCAAAUCGCAGUAGCCACCUAGUCCCGACCAGCAGUGGCAGCAGCCGCCCAUCAACUAAUCAGAGGCUUCACCAGUCAACCGGAGUUGAGGGCAGGACCUCAUCAUUGUCAAAACCUGGAAGAAUCCAUGAUGAUCCCACUAUGAGGACCUUUGAACGCCUUACUAUUAGUGCAGACAGGAGGAAAUGAAACUUCACAAGAGCAAAAGAUCCGAGUUGCUGUUACGUGGAAGGGUGCUGAGGAUUCACUCAGUUCCAGAUGAUGCUUACUGAUCAGCAAGUUAAAUGAUUCUGUGCUAUACAUGGCGCUGAGAUAUGAACAUAGCGAUUCUCAUCGAAUCUUGGCACAGAAGAUUGAGUUCUGUUAAUUCAAUGAAACUGUUCUUUCAAAUGGUUACAGAAGCAUUUUACUCCCCAUUAUGAGGGACCCGGGAUCGGCUGCAGUGUUUAGCCGUGCUGGUCCAAAUGAUGUUGAUGUUGACUCAGAUAUCUGUAGAGAUGUCAUAAAAAUAAAACAGUUCACUAGACCGGCA